AUGUACUCCUCUGUCAUCACCUCCUUUGCCGCUGCGGCUCUUCUCGCCGUCGCUUCCGCCAGACUCGACAAACCCGUCAUCAAGCCACCCAUUCCCAACGGCGGCCUCGGCAGCCUAGGCCCGGACCUCAUGUCGUCCCUCCCCAUUGCCGCCCACACCACCUCUGACUGGGACCCGACCCAUCUCCCGCGGGACUGCAAGCGCCUCGCCCAGAGCGCCGGGUUCUCUCCCCUCGACGUCGACGCCUUCAACAUUCGCUUCGACGACUGCAAGCAGCAGCCAUGGGUGUUUUGCCGGCACAAGGACGCCCCGCUGAGCCAAAAAACAAUGGCGGAGCUGUUUGGCCGGCUGCCGGUCCGCAUGCGCCAGUAUAUCCGGCACAUUAUCGCGCUGCCCGGUCAGCGCUCCGCCGGCAGCGCGGGGGAUAACAUCCAGAUGAAUGGCGACUGCGAGAUUACCGUCUUUAUCCACGAGACGGGCCACUCGCUCGACUCGCACGCGUUUGACCCCAAGCACGGCGUGCCCUUUUCCAGCAGCCGGGCAUGGAAGGACGCGUACGACAAGGACACGGCCGUCACCGACGACUAUGCGCAGACGUCGCAGCAGGAAAACUUUGCGCAGGAGACGGUCGUUGCCGUCUACGACAAGAAUGUCAAGGGCGGCGGCAUCGGCAAGAUUCAGCCCAACGCUCAGGCCAUCCGCAACGCCUACACAACCUUGGAAAAGUAUAUUGGUGACAUUAUUAUCCCGGGGGGCGAGUGCACCCACCGUCUGGAGAAUAGCCCGGCGGUACCCAAGGCCGAUUCGGCCAGGACACGCCUGGUGGCCAAGUCUGAGCCCGUUGGUGAGGGCUUGACGAGAAUUGAGCCGAUACCAAUGGGGCCAAUUACUUUAGCUCGCUACUAG